AUGCAAGGAUGGCGCAAUUCGAUGGAAGAUGCACAUACUUGUUUACUGACAUUACCUGGCGAUGAAUCCACUGCUUAUUUUGCUGUGUAUGAUGGCCAUGGAGGUACAAAUGCAUCUCGAUAUUGCUCAAAACAUUUACACAAGUACAUCUUACAACAACCAGAAUUUAAAGAAGGAAACAUCGAACAAGCUAUCAAAUACGGUUAUACAGAAUUAGAUAAGCAAAUGCAAGACGAUAACAAAAAUAUGAAAUAUGGACUAACGGGCACAACAGCUGUUAGUGUACUGAUCAAAAAUGAUAAAUUGUAUUGUGGAAAUGUAGGUGAUUCAAGAGCAAUCGGAAGUAUCGAUGGGAUAGCCGAAAUUUUGUCAAAAGAUCACAAACCAGACCUUGCCGAAGAACGGAAACGAAUUGAAUCAGCUGGAGGAUUUGUUGAAGACAAUCGAGUUAUGGGAAAUUUAGCCAUGUCAAGAGCAUUGGCAUGUGACGGCAUAUGGGAUGUGAUGAAUAAUGAGCAUGUACUAAAAUUUGUGAGACAACGAAUAGCUAAACAACAAAAACCAAAUGAAAUAUGUGAGGAAUUAGCGAACAAAUGUCUAGCACCAUCUAAACUUGUGAGAAGCGGCGUGGGUUUUGAUAAUAUUACAGUGAUACUAGUUUGUUUAUUGAAAUAUUAUGAAAACUAUCAAAAAUUAGCACACAAAUGCGCAAAAGAUUCAGUAGCUGAUUCAAAACCUUUGUCAGAUCCAUUUACAUCUACUGAAAGGCUUACGACACGUUUCACUCCACUGACCGAUCGACGUGGUAUAUUAAAAAAACUAAAACCAACAACCAGUGUCCAUGAAACACAGAGACAUUUCUCUAGUUUGUCACAUACCCAGAAUUUUCUGUAUAAGGUUCAACUACCUAAAGCCACUCAAAUGUUGAUGUUAAAUUUAUACAAACGUAUUAUUCAGUUAUCUCGAACUUGGCAAGCACUCAAUACUAAUGAAACAGAAAAUGAACGACUUUACAUUAGAAAUGAAGCACGACAGCUAUUUAGACAAAAUAAAGCCGUACGUUGCAUUGAAGAUGCAACCGAAAUCGAAGAGCACAUUAGAGAGGCAAAAGCAAGACUCGACCUAGCGAUACAUUACAAAAAUCCAUAUCCAAGACCGGUCCAUUUACCAACUUGGUCACUUCCGCCAAGUCAUAGUCGUACACGAUAUAAAAGUGAAUAUAUAACAGAUGAAAUAUCAAAACCAAUUUAUAUCAAAUCAUAUCAGGUUAAAGAAGUAGAAGAAGAUGAAAAACAAACAGAAAAAUGA